GCGCGAGCGUGCGCGCCUCCGGCCGGCGGGUCGGGCUGCGGUGUGGCCGGGGCCGGGGCAGUUGCAUGUGUCGCUUCGGCUGGCGGCGGCGGCGGCAGCGGAGGCGGCGGGGCCGUGCGCCGGGCUGGGUUUGUGAGAUGGCUGCUGACAUUUCUGAAUCCAGCGGGGCUGACUGUAAAGGCGACACGAGAAACAGUGCCAAGUUGGAUUCGGACUACCCCCUUCGAGUCCUGUAUUGUGGAGUCUGUUCAUUACCAACAGAGUACUGUGAAUAUAUGCCUGAUGUUGCUAAAUGUAGACAAUGGCUAGAGAAGAAUUUUCCAAAUGAGUUUGCAAAACUGACUGUAGAAAAUUCACCGAAACCAGAAGCUGGAAUUAGUGAAGGUCAAGGAACAGUAGGGGAAGAGGAGGAGAAGAAAAAACAAAAGAGAGGUGGAAGAGGUCAGAUAAAACAGAAGAAGAAGACCGUACCACAGAAGGUCACAAUAGCCAAAAUUCCCAGAGCAAAGAAGAAAUAUGUGACGAGAGUGUGUGGCCUUGCAACUUUUGAAAUUGAUCUCAAAGAAGCACAAAGAUUUUUUGCUCAAAAAUUCUCCUGUGGUGCCUCAGUAACAGGAGAGGAUGAGAUCAUCAUUCAGGGAGACUUCACGGAUGACAUAAUCGAUGUCAUUCAGGAAAAGUGGCCAGAGGUGGAUGAUGACAGCAUCGAAGACCUUGGAGAAGUGAAGAAGUGAUUUUGGAGUCCUGUGUUUCUGAGCUGACCCGAGAGUUGACGGGGCCAACAGAGGAGAGGCCUUUCAGAGAUAUAUACAUAUGUAUAUAUGUGUGUGUAUAUAUAUCCUACAGUAAAGCUGUGGACUCCUCAUCCUUGGCGUUCUCACUGUUCUGUACAAGGCUGCUUGGUUUGUUUGUUUGUUUUUUUAAUUGCCAAAGUCUGAUAAACAGAGAGAGAGAGAGACUGUCAUGCUCAUGCAUGAAUCUGAAUUUAGUCAAAUAAAACAUUUUGGUCAUUUGGUACUGA